AUGGAUAACAUUGGUGGUCUUCGGAGGUCUGAAACAGCAGUUGAGGAUGAGUUUAUAAGAAGGUUCAUGACUGGCACGUGGCAUGGUCUUGUCUGUAGUGAGGUCAUAAUAAAACGGCAAUUCAAUCACAUCCGUAUAGCAGCCAUUAUAAGAAGAGCUGUGUCACCCACAAAAAUGUAUUUCCUUAUUGGUUACACAGAGGAACUUCUAUCAACCUGGAUACAAUGCCCUGUAACAUUAGAACUACAAACUGUGGAUAGUUUUAAAGAUGUUGUGUUCAAAUAUAUU